GUCAUUUCGAAUUCGUUCGUUGACUCGCGAACAACUAAAAGCAAUAGCAGCAGCAGCAGCAGCCGUAGCCGCAGCAGCAAAGUCGAACGACGCGCAUGCGCAAAAAUCACAUUUGCAGUGCCAGAGUGCCGUGGGAGUCGGAAACGAGGAGCGUGCGUUUGUAAACAUGCCACAUUUCGCAACGAUGAUGCUACAAAGAUGAUCGAAGCCUUUGCAAACACCCUGAGCAGUCAUCUGGGGCGUCAUCUAUUCUACUGGGCGAUCGAUACGACGAAGCCAAGAAGCGUCAACGGCGCCAACUACGGCCUCAAUCUGCGUCUCUCCGAGCUAAUUAACAAAUUUCACGGUCCCCUCGAACGGGGCGUGCAGGUGCUGGAUCACCUGUUAACGCUCGAAGAGGACGACUUUGCCGGCCAUUGGGGCAGCGCCUAUGCGCACAACUAUGAGCCGGAAUACGCGGCACGCGUCCCGGAAAACGAGGAACUGCCGCCGCCCGAGCAAGAUCAAACGGAUCAGCAGCAGCAGCGCCAGCGCAACAUGGAGACGCUAAACAAUGGCAACGGACUGUUGCACUCGCCGCCGCACAAUCAUCAGCAGCAGCAGCAACAGCAGCGUGGUGCCGCAGUCACAUCUCCAGGUGCGGGUUCUGGCAGCGCCGCCGAUCAUAAUAUACAGAUUACGCAGCCCAUAAGUGCGCCAUCCUCGCCCUUGGCGUCCCCAGGCGCACUGAACAGCAGCAACAGUGGCAGUAGUCCCACCACAUUUUGCCUACCCUCCAGUUCAGCGGCCGCAGCGGCCAUUGCCUCGGCAGCGGCUGCGGCGAACGCAGCUAUUGCAACGUCAACGCCCAGCAGCGGCAGCGGAUCGUAUGUGUGUGCAGCUGGCAGCAAUAGCAGCUAUGCCGCCGUAGGCGCCUCCAAUGCAAUUGACACGGCCGAUCCAAACUGGCAGGCCAGCAAGGCAACCGUGCUGGAGCGCAAUGCGGCAAUGUUUAACAAUGAGCUGCUGUCAGAUGUCAAGUUCAUCGUGGGCAGCGAGUUUGAUUUUGAUCCCAUUCAGACUAUACCCGCACACAAAUAUAUACUCGCAACGGGCAGCUCUGUAUUUUAUGCCAUGUUCUACGGCGGCUUAGCGGAGGACAAGCAGGAAAUCAAAGUGCCCGAUGUAGAGCCCACAGCCUUUUUAACGCUUCUAAGGUAUCUUUAUUGUGAUGAAAUCAAACUGGAACCUGAACACAUACUGGCCACUUUGUAUGCAGCCAAGAAAUAUAUUGUGCCACAUUUGGCGCGCGCCUGCGUCAACUAUCUGGAAGUAAAGUUGACGGCAAAAAACGCCUGUCUACUUCUCAGUCAAUCGCGUCUUUUCGAGGAGCCCGAACUGAUGCAACGUUGCUGGGAAGUGAUCGACGCUCAGGCCGAGAUGGCGGUUAAGUCCGAAGACUUUGUGGACAUUGACCUUAAGACUUUCGAGUCGAUACUGUCACGCGAGACACUAAACUGCAAAGAGAUACAUCUAUUUGAAGCUGCGCUCAAUUGGGCAAUCAAUGCCUGUGAGAAGAUGAGCAUCGACGAAACGUCGCCUAACAAGCGCCGAGUUCUGGGCCAGGCGUUGCAUCUGAUUCGCAUACCGACCAUGACACUGGAGGAGUUUGCUAAUGGUGUAGCCCAAACGGGCAUACUCACAUCCCAGGAGACAAUUGACAUGUUUUUGCAUUUCACAGCCAAAAUCAAGCCCACUCUCAGCUUUCCCACGCGACCGCGUGCAGGUCUCAAAACCCAAGUUUGCCAUCGCUUCCAAUCGUGCGCCUAUCGGUCAAAUCAGUGGCGCUACCGGGGCCGCUGUGAUUCUAUACAGUUCUCAGUAGAUCGCAGAAUUUUCAUUGUGGGCUUUGGCCUCUACGGUUCUUCGACGGGAGCGGCCAACUACAAUGUUAAGAUUGAGCUGAAGCGAUUGGGGCGUACGCUGGCGGAGAAUGAUACAAAGUUCUUUUCAGAUGGGUCGAGCAACACUUUCCACGUGUUCUUUGAGAAUCCCAUACAGAUCGAACCAGAGUGCUAUUACACAGCCUCAGUUAUAUUGGAUGGCAAUGAGCUAAGCUUUUUUGGCCAAGAGGGCAUGUCUGAAGUGCUCAUGGGCAAUGUUACAUUCCAAUUCCAAUGCUCGUCGGAGAGCACCAACGGCACGGGCGUGCAGGGUGGCCAGAUCCCCGAACUAAUCUUCUACGGACCCACUACAGUAACCGCCCUGAACUCGCCCACAAGCUCAAUAUGCGCAACGCCCAAUGUCACAAAUGGGGCAGCCGCAAGCAAUUCGAGCAAUAAUGUUAACAGUGCUACUGAAGAGCUGCCUCUUGGCAGCACGGCCGCCAGCAGCGAUGGCAGCAACACCUGAUGCGCGCAGUUAUACUGCGCGGAGUGGCAGGGCGCAUGCUAUUAUCGCCAGCAACCGCAGCAGCAGCAACAACAGAAAAGACCAACACAGACGCAACAACAGGAACAUACACAAAAUAGAAACUCAUGGGUUUUCAGUGCAACACAACAAAGCAAAUUGGGGUUUUAAGGAUAUCGAUAUUAGUAUGAUAUAUUAGAAUGAUAUAUAUCAGUAUGAUAUAUAUACAUAUAGUUAUUAUAUAUACACACACUUAUACGAUCACACGUAGAGCGCUCUAGUUUUGGUAGUACAUAGAGAUAUAUAUAUAUAUACAAACAUAUAGUCUGUUGGUAAAUGCAUACAAACAAAAUAUUUUAAAUUCGAAAGCGUUAACCCGCAGAAGUUAACCAUAUACACACAUACAUACACUUAUACUAAAUACGUUCCAAAAACCUGAGACGUUGUGAAAGCCAGUAUGUAAGGUAAUCAGAGGCAUCUUCAAUAAGCAAGUAAACAACGGGCAAUCAGUCAAGCUAUUGAUAACUAAAUAUAUUCUAAACAAAAUUAAAUGCAAAACACGACAUACAAACAUAUUUUUUGCCAGCAUAUACUAAACAAAUAAAUAAAUAUUGAUAUAUACUAUAUACA